AUGAGCAACAACAAGUCUCCUCUCAUUCACACCACUGCAGGACACGAUUAUGGUUCGACGCGACCCAUUGUUGCCACACCCCAAGAUGAUGAAGCAAUCGACGGACAACGCAAUCUCCCAGGUUUUUUUGUCAAUAACGCCGGGAUGCUAUACAUUAUAGCUUCCCAGUUUUUCUUCGCAUCCAUGAAUCUGUCAGUGAAGAUGUUAAACAGCCUGGAGCCUCCGGUGCACGCGUUUGAAGUUAUUGUAGUCAGGAUGGGCAUCACGUUGAUAUGCUGUGUGACAUAUAUGAUUGUCACGGGAGUCCCAAAUCCGAUCAUUGGUCCCAAAGGUGUUCGAACACUAUUAGUAUUCCGUGGGAUCAGCGGGUUUCUCGGAUUAUGUGGACUGUAUCUGUCGCUUCAGUAUCUAUCUGUUGCAGAUGCGAUAGUCUUGACUUUCUUGACACCUAUUACAACGGCGGUCACUGGGUCCCUCCUCCUUAAGGAGGGCUACUCCGUCACUCAAGCGGUCGCGGGAGUUUUCAGUUUGCUUGGUGUCGUCCUUAUCGCUCGCCCCCCAUUUCUAUUCAACUCCAUACUAGCCGCUAAUUAUGACGGGUCCGGAACAACACCAGCGCAAAGACUGGGGGCUGUUGGGGUAGCUAUGAUCGGUGUUGUUGGAGCCACUGGGGCAUAUACCUCGAUUCGCGCAAUUGGGAAGCGAGCUCAUCCCAUGCAUGUAAUGACAUUCUUUUCUUUGUGGUGCACCAUCAUGGCAUCUUUGGGGAUGGUCGUCUUCGAUAUUUCUGUUGUAUAUCCUAGAUCAUGGAGAUGGUCACUUCUUUUGCUUAUGGUUGGUGUCUUUGGCUUCCUAGCACAGAUUCUCUUGACGUUGGGGUUGCAGCGAGAAACAGUAUCGCGCGGUUCCACUGGAGUGUAUAUCCAGAUGCUUUUUUCCGUAGUGCUUGAACGCCUAAUCUUCGGAGUUGUGCCGUCUUUACUGUCGGUUCUCGGCGCCAUGAUCAUUAUGUCUUCUGCUCUCUGUGUUGUCGUGCGUGAUCAUCGUGUUCUGUCACAUGACUCCUUUACUUAUCUCACUGCCAGUUGA